AUGAGUUUUGAUUAAUUAUUGUUAUCUAGACCACUUUAUAGUCCAAAAUACAAACAUUAAGCAUUUACUAUUCAUUCACAUAAUCCAACUCCUUAUAGUAUUACAACUUAAGUUUCACCAAUUGAAUCUCCAAGAAUAGGAGACCUUUCAACAAUUCCUAAGACUUCUGAAAGAGGAUAAUUAUAUGAUAAAUUAAAAGCCAGUUUGAAAAACUAAGAAGUAAUAAAGUCUAUUUAGAAUGGAAUAAAAGGUUAAAAGGUGAGAGAUGCUUAUAAUUUACUUUCAGAUUUCAAUGAUAAAAAAUAAAUAAUAUAAUCUUUAAAAUCAUUAUCUACAGCUGAUGAAAGGUAAUAAUAUUUUUAAUAUAAUUUAUUAUUUAGAAUUUUACUAAUUGAUAAAAUUUUAGAGAGAAAAGAAGAAAUGUAAGUAGCUGCUCUUAGAUUAAAAGCAAAAAAAUUAGAACCAAUAUUUAAUGUUAUAAGAAGGAAACUUAAAUUAAAACAAACAUUAAAUUCAUCUGCAGAUAGAAUGAAAAAGUAAUCAAUUUUUGGUUCAAGAUCAACUGAUCCUACAAAUGAUAUAUAAAAUCCAAUGCAUUCUUAUAGAAAUUUAGAUGAAUAAUAAUAAUAAUAAGAUGAAAACACAAGAAAAGAAUUAGUUAUGGAGAAAAUAUAAAAUAAAUAUGCAGCAUCUGUUGCUUUUUCUUGGUUAACCAAUAGAACAGAAAAAUAAGGUAUAAAUUAUAAUUUUAAUGAAAUUUGAGAAUCUUUAAUCCAUAAUUUAUCUCCAGAAUCUAUAAAAAGACAUAAUAGAAGAAAUACUACAUUAAAGUAAAGUCAUAAAGGGAUAACUGGUUUAAAAUAGAUGAUUACUAAAAAAGUGAGUGAAAAUUCUGAUGAAAUGAUAAGAUUAGGAUAAAUGAAAAUGUUAGAAAAUCAAUAAAAAUCAUAUAAAUCUAAAGAUAUAAUAGCAAAAUCAAAACCAAAAGUAGAUACAGGGAGAAUAAAGAGUGUAUAAGUUAAUAGAUCAUUAAGAAAAAAAUAGACUUUAGAUUUCUUUACAAAUGAAAGAAAAGAAAAUUCAGAGUUAACUUAAUAAAUAGCAAAUGAAAAAAGUAAUUUCAUGUUAAGGAGAAAGUUAAUCAUCAAUGAAUGA